CUUGGUUUUUAACCUUGCGUAUCCUCCUCCUUACUCAGUCAAACAACUGACGAUAAAGAUUCUUAGCCGCAACGUUUAAAGAUCCACCUACCUACUAGCCUACCAUGUCUGAAUCCAAGUCCACAGAGUCCCCAGGGUCUGGCUGUGGUGUUCCAGCCCAGAGAAGUUCACAGUGGGGUCCAGAGAUGGUCUCAGUGAAGUUGGAGGACUGCAGUCAAACACUGGAAGUCAAUGUGUUUGUUAAAGAGGAAGAGAGAGAACUUAAAGUAAAAGAAGAGGAGAAUGUAGAAGUUAAAAAAGAGGAAGAAAAGGUAGUGGAGGAGAAGAGAGAAGUCAAAGAGGAGGGGGUUGAGGUUAAAGAGGGCCAUGAGGAGGUAGAAAUCAAAGAGGAGGAGGUUGAGGUUAAAGGGGACCAUGAGGAGAUAGCAAUCAAAGAGGAGGAGGUUGAGGUUAAAGGGGACCAUGAGGAGGUAGAAAUCAAAGAGGAGGAGGUUGAGGUUAAAGGGGACCAUGAGGAGGUAGAAAUCAAAGAGGAGGAGGUUGAGGUUAAAGGGGACCAUGAGGAGGUAGAAAUCAAAGAGGAGGAGGUUGAGGUUAAAGGGGACCAUGAGGAGAUAGCAAUCAAACAGGAGGUGGAGGAGAAGAGAGAAAUCAAAGAGGACGAGAUGGAGAUUGAAAAGGAACAUAAGGAGACAGAAGUCAAAGAAGAGCUGGAGGAGAGAGAAGUCAAAGAAGAGGAGGAGAACAGGGAUGUGUCUGCUCCAGAUCUAGAGGAAGAAGUAGAUAGUAUCAGUGACCCAGGAGAGUGCUCCAACCCAGAUUCAGACAGUGAGCCCAGUUCCACAGCAUCAGGAAACCAUAAACAACACAGACAGAGGAACUCAAGACAGAAACAUCACCACUGCAUGGACUGCUUCACUAGUUUCUAUGAGCCAGAAGAGUUGAGAAGGCACACUUGUAGGCCACACCCCUGCUCAGAUUGCAGAGGCAGUUUCAUUUGUCCUACUCACCUCAUACCACACAAAAAGACUAUCAAAAGAAAGAAGGCUUACCCCUGUGGUCAAUGUGGGAAGAGUUUUCAGGCACCAAGCAAACUAAAGAAACACCAGAUAACUCACACAGGAGAGAAGCCUUUCCACUGCUCUGUUUGUGGGAAGAGUUUCCCUCUUUCACAGACCUUAAAUAGACACCAGCUGAUCCACACAGGAGAGAAGCCCAUCCACUGCUCCCAAUGUGGGAAGGGCUUUAGGCGGCCAGAUUCCCUGAAAAAUCAUCUUAGAAUACACUCUGGAGAAAAGCCUUUCCACUGUUCUCAAUGUGGGAAAUGUUUCAGUCAUUCAAACUACUUAAAGACACACCAGCGAACUCACACAGGAGAGAAGCCUUACCACUGCUCCCAAUGUGGGAAGAGUUUCAAUCAGUCUUCAGAUCUAAAGAUACACCAGCGAACUCACACUGGAGAGAAGCCUCAUGAAUGCUUUCAGUGUGGAAAGAGUUUUAGUCAUUCAAGCUACUUAAAGACACACCAGCGAACUCACACAGGAGAGAAGCCUUACCACUGCUCCCAAUGUGGGAAGAGUUUCAAUCAGUCUUCAGAUUUAAAGACUCACCAGCGAACUCACACAGGAGAGAAGCCUUACCACUGCUCCCAAUGUGGGAAGCGUUUCAGUCAGUUUUCUAGUCUGAAGACACACCAGCUAACUCACACAGAAGAGAAGUCGUACCACUGCUCCCAGUGUGGAAAGGUUUUCAGUCUGUUGCACCACCUAAAUAGACACCAGCUAACUCACACAGGAGAAAAGGCUCACCAAUGCUCUCAAUGUGGGAAAAGUUUCAGUCAAUCAUCAAAUCUGAAGACACACCAGUUAAAGUAUCACAGCCCUGACACCGGACAGAGUUCUGUCGCUUUAGAAGAAAGUCAACUUCAAACCACAGAAGUAAAACACAUGUAAACACAUCUUAUGAUGUUAAAGGGGCAGGGCAGUUUUAAUGAGGUCGAAAUAACACUUUGAAAUUGUGGAAAUUAUGCCCUUUUAG